GAUCAGGAAGUGGCGGGCGGAGUCCGGGGCCGAGUCGCGCCGCCUUAGCUGCAGCUGCCGCAGCCGCUGCCGCUGCCGCUGCCGCUGCCACCAGUGCCGAGACCCCGGCCUGGCGGGGCUGCGCUGGGAGUGCGUACGGGCAGGCGGGGGCGCUGACGAGAAGCAGGAAGCGGUGGCCACGCGGGCGUGGGCGGCUGGUCGAGGUGGAGGCGCUGGGAGGCGGCGGCCGGUCGCGUGGGGUGGCCCUCCUCGCUCAGAAAUAUGGAUCCAAGCCUGUUGAGAGAACGAGAGCUGUUCAAAAAACGAGCUCUUUCCACUCCUGUAGUAGAAAAACGUUCAGUAUCUUCUGAGUCAUCAUCAUCAUCAUCAAAGAAGAAGAAAGCAAAGCUAGAACAUGGAGGAUCAUCAGGCUCUAAACAAAAUUCUGAUCAUAGCAAUGGAUCAUUUAACUUGAAAGCUCUGUCAGGAAGCUCUGGGUAUAAGUUUGGCGUUCUUGCUAAGAUUGUGAAUUACAUGAAGACACGGCAUCAGCGAGGAGAUACACAUCCUCUCACUUUAGAAGAAAUUUUGGAUGAAACACAACAUUUAGAUAUAGGACUCAAGCAGAAACAAUGGUUAAUGACUGAGGCAUUAGUCAAUAAUCCGAAAAUUGAAGUGAUAGAUGGGAAGUAUGCCUUCAAGCCCAAAUACAACUUGAAAGAUAAGAAAGCCCUACUUAGGCUGUUAGAUAAGCAUGACCAGCGAGGCUUAGGAGGAAUUCUUUUAGAAGACAUAGAGGAAGGACUACCCAAUUCCCAGAAAGCUAUCAAGGCUUUGGGGGACCAGAUACUAUUUGUAAAUCGUCCUGAUAAAAAGAAAAUUCUUUUCUUCAAUGAUAAGAGCUGUCAGUUUUCUGUGGAUGAAGCGCGACGACUAAAAAUGUACCCAGAUAUACCAAAUGUUCCCCCAGGAGGCAAAACUACUUGUGUUGAGAAUUCUGUUGAAGAGUUUCAGAAACUUUGGAGGAGUGUCACCGUAGAUUCAAUGGAUGAGGAGAAAAUUGAAGAAUAUCUGAAGCGACAGGGUAUUUCUUCCAUGCAGGAAUCUGGACCAAAGAAAGUGGCCCCUAUUCAGAGAAGGAAAAAACCUGCUUCACAGAAAAAGCGACGGUUUAAGACCCACAAUGAACAUCUGGCUGGAGUGCUGAAGGACUACUCGGACAUUGCUCCUAGCAAAUAGCCAACAGUUUUAUUUGUGAGCAAAGAGUUCAGUACCAUGUCAAGGUCUUUCUUGUUGAUGCUGGGCUCUGAAGACUGUCUUCCCAUUCUAUUUCUUAGGACUGAGGAGAGGAGCAGUUCAGUUUACAGAACAAGAGCAAAUUACCAAACUCCAAGCGUAUUUUAAUUGAAUGGGCUAAUGUGAUAUUCCCUGUUAACCUUCUGUUACUUCCGGGGAAAGGCGCUUAGCAUGGCAUGCAAGUGUCUUUGCUACUUAUCUCUCUUUCUAAGUGGUUCCUGGUUCCAUUUUUCUUCCUUUAGAACAAGUUUGCAGAUAGUCUUGAAUGCAAUUUUGUUUGUUCCGAAAGGACAUAUUUAUAAUAAAAUCACUGUAGAAGGAACUCGAA